AUGGAGUGCCGUGAGGGACAGCUCCCCGAUUCCUCAGAAAAUGAUUCAAUACUGACGGUUUCGACAUCAGGAGUAACUAGCAACCGAGAGCCCCAGAUUCCUGGUGACCCUGGUGCUGAAACCGCCUGUGACAGCAGCACCGAAAUUGCCGGCGAGCAAGGCACCCGAAUUCCUGGCGACCAUGGCGCUCCUACUGAUGCCGACAGCACUGCCCAAGCUGCUGCCCAAACUCCCGGAAACUUACUGGAAAGGAAAGACAUGAGUGUAAGACGGAAGGAACUUCCUUAUGAACUUGAGAACCAGUUCAUCUUACGCCUGCCUAUGGAACAGGCUUGUACUGUGAGGAACUUAAUGCGUUCUGGAAGUGUCAUCUCAAAGGAUAAACUAAAAAUUGACUUAUCUUCUGAUGGGCGGAAUGCACUUGUUCAGGUAGAAGAUGUCUCACUAGCUGCUAAGCUAGUUGAUUUGCCUUGUGUUAUCGGAAGCCUGAAAACUUAUGAUAAAAAAACCUUUUAUAAAACAGCAGAUAUUUCCCAGAUGCUUGUGUGUAAGCCUGUUGAUCUCCGCUCUUCUCCAGAAGAACCAGUUACCUCUGAUGUUCAAGCAAUGAGUAAAGAUGAAAAGGAGAAACAGAAGAAGUAUGUCUGGAAGCAUGGCAUUACUCCACCACUUAAGAAUGUUAGAAAGAAAAGGUUCCGGAAAACAACAAAAAAGCCCAAUGAUUUCAAACAAAUGGAAGAAAUCAGCUUUACUGAGUGCACUGACUCUCCAGAUGUGGAAAAGGAUGUAAAGAGACUGCUGUCUUCAGAUGCUGAAGCUGUCUGUGCACGAUGGGAAGUCAUUACUGAAGGUGAAACCAAGGAAAUAGAAAGUCAAGGUUCCAUUCCAGGCUUUGAGAUAGCCCCAGGAAUGAGUGGCUACAAUCAAGGUCACAUCUCAGAAUAUGAUAUGCUUCGGGAGACGUUCAGUGAUUCUAGUAGUAACAAUGACGACAAUGAGGAGGAGGAUGACAAUGAUGAAGAUGAGGAUGACGAUGAUGAAGAUGAGGAUGAGGAUGAUGAAGAGGAAGAUGAUUAUGAAGAGGACUCUGAAGAAGAGCUGGAAAGGGAGCUACAGGCCAAGUUUAUGGCAUCUGGCCAGUAUGAGGCAAAGGACGGUGCCAGUUCAGUGGUCUCUGAAAUUCAGAAGCAGAUUCAUUACAUAGAGAAAAGGCUCCACAGGAUUCAGAAAAAAGCACAAAGACAAAAGACUCUCAUCAUGAAAGUGGAGAACCUGAUGCUCAAGAAUCAUUUUCAGUCUGUGCUGGAGAAGCUUACGUUGGAGGAAAAUCAAAAAACUGAGCAGCUUGUUUCCCUGCAGGAACAAUUGAAAUAUUUUCUAGAGAAGUGA